CAGUACCCAGAAUCCUGCUGGGGGCAAGGAGUGCUGGGCACAACACAGGUCUGUGCCCACUGCUUGUCAUCAUUCAGACACUGUGGAGUGGCUGGGGGUGCAGGCAGGAAUGGUAGCAGCUGGGAAUGUCACCAGCUGCACGUACCGGCCUGGGGUUGGUAGCCGUCACAGUGGCGGGGCCCAUGGCAGGGCGUCCUGUCUGUGCUGUGGGGCCAGGCGUGGGUGGAAGCGGGUGCACCCCGAGCAGGAAUGUGGGCUGGGAGGGGCCGUGGUUUCAGCUGGGGCACUCAGGUUGCAGCCAGCAGUGCACCAGGAGCCGCCACGCAGCAUGGCUGAAAAACCCCAAAUUCAGCUCUUCAUCAAGGUGAGGGCGUCCUCAGGUCAGUGCCCUAGGCCAGUGGGCAGCCCCGGCAAACAACCCUGACAGUGCUGUGGUGGGGUGGCUGGGCUGCCCCUGCCCACUGCAUGCCUAGAUGUGGGCACUGGGCAGGCAGGGGGGGCAGAUAGUGGGCAGGGCAUCAUGCACCGGGUCAGCAAUGGGGCUGACAGCAGGCAGGUGGGUGGACAGGCAGCAGGCAGCUCAGGCUCUUCUCUCUGCUUGCUGCUUCCUACCCUGCAGGCGCAGGGGCUGUGGGGGCUAAACCUCGAGAGGUUGGACCUGGUUCCCCGCCAAAAGCAGAGCCUAGCAUCUGCCUACACCUGCCAGGUCCUUCCCAGACAGCACCUGGCUGGAGCAGUUUGUCUCACUGUGCAGGGCAGGACAGAGCUCGCCUGGAAUUGUGACUGGGUUUGACAGGGCCACCAGUAUCGCUGUCACCUUCUCCUCCAGCACAUCUCUGCUGCUGGACUGUCCCCUGCCACUGCCACCCCUGCUGCCACUACUGCUCUCAAGCCCUUGUCUGCCUGGCAUUGUGAGACUGGCACAGCCUCGAGGUCCUUGUCCUUAGAGGGUACUAGGGCCAGCACCUCCUGUGCCAUGUGGCUUCUCUAAGGUGUGGCACUGAGGCUCUGGGAGUAGGCAGGGGCCAGGAGCUGGCACCCUGCCUGGCAUAGCAGCGCAUGCACCUGCAUGGACUGCAGCACAGCUUGCCAGGCUGAGCUGGGGCAUGUGUCCUAUUAUCUUCACCCUGUAUCCUCUGGGGCUGCUGCUAGUGAGGCCAUGCCAGGGAAAAAGGGGCAGCUGGCUCUCUUUCUGUGCCUACAGGCAAGCGCGGAUGGGGAGAGUGUGGGGCACUGCCCCUUCUGCCAGCGGCUCUUCAUGGUGCUGCUGCUCAAAGGUGUGCCCUUCACCCUCACCACUGUGGACGUGAGGAGGGCACCGGACGUGCUGAAGGACUUUGCACCAGGUGCUCAGCUGCCCGUCCUCCUCUACAAUGGCACGCCCAAGACCGACACCAUCACCAUUGAGGAGUUCCUGGAGGACCAGCUAGGCCCCCCCAUGUGCCCCAGUCUGGUCCCGCAGUACCCGGAGUCAAACCUGGCUGGGAACGACAUUUUCCACAAGUUCUCUGCCUUCAUCAAGAACCCAGUACCUGCCCAGGACGAGGCGCUGAAGCGGAGCCUGCUGCGGGCCUUGCUGAAACUGGAUGAAUACCUGAGCACCCCUCUGGAGCAUGAGCUGGCCCAGGACCCCCAGCUCCGGACCUCCCAGCGCCACUUCCUUGAUGGAAACCACCUCACAUUGGCCGACUGCAACCUGCUGCCCAAGCUCAACAUUGUUCAGGUUGUGUGCCAGCACUACCGCCACUUUGGGAUCCCCAAGGACAUGUGGGGCGUGUGGCGGUACCUCAACAGCGCCAGUGAAACCAAGGAGUUCAAAUAUACAUGCCCCAAUAGCCAGGAGAUUAUACAAGCCUACCAUUCCGUGGUCCGGGCACUGCAGUGAGCAGGGCACGUGCCCUGGUGGGUGCAAGGCCAAGGCUGGGCUCAGGCAGGAGGUCAGCACCCACCCUGCCCCUGCUCUCAGAAGAGCUGUGCCCCUUGCACCCAAAUUCCCUCUACUGACACAGAGGUGUUGGCAGCAAUCUCCAGUGUACCGAGCCCCUCUUGUGCCACCCACCCUUCC